AUGCCUGUGGUUGUCAAGCUAUACCACAUAGCUUACUACCUGGCAGGGGUCGAGCGCCGUAUUAUCCAUGAUGGCGAGGAUCUGGAGAACAGCGCAGGCCCCAACAUCGCCCUUGUCGCCACUUACCUGCGCAAGGUGACUGCGUGGUGCAGGGCGGCGAUCAUGGCGCCGUCCGUGAAUGGUAGUGGGCCGUGGUACGUUCCCGGCGAGAAGGCAUGGGCCUUCUCCAGGAACGAGACGAUCCUCAUCUCGACAGAUGGGAUCGAAGAGACUGAAGGCAUCAACCGUGCACCGCAGCCCGUGGACGCACCCGUGGCUUGA